AUGUCACUUUACUCUCUGAUUGAUCAUUGCACUAUACUCUCAACUUUUUCAACAUUUAUUACAGGACGUUAUCACUUCAUGCUUGGAUUUUUGUAUUUCGUCAGACUGACAAAAAUUCCUGAAUCAUUAGUAUUAUUAAGAAUUAUAAAUCAUGAACGUUCUAUACGUAUAGUAGAUUUAAUAUUUAAACUCUUGGCUGCAUGGACUGUUAUAGCUGGUAUUGCAUUUGUUCUUGAACACAUAGGUAAUUUUUGGACCACAGAAAGUAACAAUCAAAAACUUGAAUAUUUGGAUUGCCUAUACAUGAUCCUUGUAACAUUGGCUACCGUUGGUUAUGGAGAUAUUGUAUGUACAAGUUACUUAGGUCGUAUUUUCAUUAUAUUCGUUAUUAUUGGAACACUUGUAUCAGUAACAACACAUAUGUCAGAACUUAGUGAAUUAUUUAAACAACAUAACCAAUAUAACAAAGCGAUUUAUAUGGAACACAAUCCAAGGCACAUAGUUGUAUGUGGAUCAAUAAACUACCAUACACUUUCAAUAUUUUUUGAUGAAUAUGUGAAUGCCGAUCAAGGCCAUUAUGAUGAAAACAUGAUGAUUGUCAUCCUGUCAGAGAUCGAUCCUGAUAUUAGUCUAACGGCGUUACUUCAGAGAGAAAGCACUACAAUGAGAUUUUUGAAAGGAUCUGUGACAUUACCAGAAGAUUUGGAAAGGGCUAAAGUGAGAACUGCUGAGGCUGUGAUUAUUCUUUCUGAUAAAUGUAGUCAAACCCCUGUUGAAGAUGACUGGAAAAAUUUAAUGUGUGUUGUUUCCAUAAAAAAUCUGUAUCCAAGUAUUCGAAUAAUUUGUGAACUUAUGUUAAUUGAAAGUAAGGUGUGGAUGUCAAAUAUACCUGGGUGGAAGGAACAUGAAAGUGACCAAUUUGAUAGAGCUAUUUGUUUAACACAGAUGAAACUUGGCUUACUGGCAUUGAAUUGUGUUUCAAAUGGGAUAUCAACUCUGUUAUGUAAUUUUAUAAUGCGUGAUUCAGUACCAACAGCUGCAGUUAGGAAAACUUUACCUCGUUGGAUAAAUGAAUAUUUUCAAGGUACAAAAUAUAAAUUAUAUACAGUAAAAUUAUCUCAUGCUUUCGAUGGGAUGAUGUUUCAACAAUUAGUUGGCUUUGCCAUGGAAUUUUGGGGGUUACUUUUGUUAGCUGUACAAGUUUAUACCAAUAAUGAUAAGAAAACUCAAAUGAUUAUCAAUCCAGGUGUACGAGUACGAAUUAAUACCCAUCGAAUGCGUGCAGUUGUUUUGGCUAAAAUUUAA